UGUAUUUGAUUACAUCGUGUAAUUAAUUUCAAUAAAUUAUCGCUUUGCUAUCAACAAACGACGGUGCAGGCUUGGACAUUCGCUAUUAGCAAGAUUUUAAGGCGUAGCACUAUACCAGGAAUUAAACUGUAAAUACAAAAACCUCACAAGGACCACUAUCUUCCCAGCAGAAAUAGUUGUGGUAGAGACAGGUUCACACAAUAACAAGAAUGAUGAGGUGCUCAAUAUUUCAUCGUCUGUUUUUGCUGAUAGAUAUUUUCUUCUUUGUUGGCAUGGCUGAUGCAAGGCUCAUCGGUCAUAUUGAUAACCUGACAGACAUUACAUGGGCACAUGCUGUCGAUAGCCAAAAGUAUCUGUUGGAGGUCCUCAAUAGUGACAUAGAUUUCAUAGAGGCGGAUAUUUUAUUAGGGCAUGUCGACAAUGAUUGUGGGGAUCAACAUAUACUCCCUAUCAUGGCACAUCCACCAGCAACAACAUCUGAUAUUUCUUUGGAAUCUUUCUUGACGCAGAUACAGGAAUACAAUAGUAUUGUUGAACCAAAUAAAGUGAAAGGUGUAAAGUUAGAUUUCAAAUCGAUAAAUGCUUUAGAGGCAUCCAUUGACAUUAUCAACAGUAUAUAUAAUAAGCAGUCAUUUCCCACAUGGAUUAAUGCUGAUAUUUUACCAGGCCCAGUAAAUAAUACAGAAACCGUCCCAGUAGAUCCAAAGCGUUUUUUCGAUGCAGUGAAGCAACUAGGCCCGGUCGUUUUAUCUAUCGGGUGGACAACUAAAUGGAGUGAAUCAUCUUUAGAUGGAUGCUAUACCGAAGAUCAUGUCAAUGAAAUGAUAAGUGUCAUCAAAGAAAAUCACAUUGAUAAACAAGGAAUAGCCAUUACAUUUCCUGUUCGUGCAGGUAUUGCGGCAAAUAGUCUGAAUCAAUUGAAGAUCCUCCAUAGAGCAUUCAAUAAUAAAAUCAAUGUUACAUUUACCAUUUGGUCCAGUGCAAAUGAUGCAGUCAACGUAGAGAAACUAAGGCAGUUCAUAUUUACUAUUGGUUUGAAUAAGGUUUAUGUGGACGUCCCAGCUGAUUUGAAAAACCAACUACACUUGGAUGAUGUUUCUCUUUAAAAAAUAAUGAAAUAAAUUAAAUAAUUUAGAUUUUUAAAGUACUCCUAAACAGACAGAAAAAAAACUAUGUUCACUAAGGUUAAGAGUAAAUUAGGCAAAACUAUUCGGCUGGUAUUGAACAAGAGGUUAAAUAUCUGUUUAAAACAAUCACAAUUUUUUCCGAAUUCCAAAAGGAUAUUAAUUCCAGUCUUCGUUAAAUUUUGGAUCAUACGACUAACGCUUGUGUGACAAUUUGUAAUACGAUUUUCAUUAGAACAUUUGACAUGAAAUAAAACGAGAAUAAUAUAAUGAAAAUAAUGUAAUGAAACUAAUAUGUGAUCCUGUAAAUCAAAUGCCGUUAAGCCGUAUGUUACAUUACUCUAUAUAAUAAUUGGAGAUUUGUUGAAUUAAAUAUUUGAAAUCUAAUGAAACUAAAA